AAUUAACGCCUUUUAAGAUGAAAACCGAUUUAUCCAGUUCACACGGUUUGUAUGUAUUUUCAUUCACACCUCGGAUGUUGACUGACAGGUGGUAGUAAAACUCUGGGUCAUGGUUAAGCACUUUUCCGUUGCCUCGGUGUCUCUUUGCGUCGUCAUCCUCCGGCAGCCGCCGUCGACGCGCCAGACUCAAACCGGCUGCUGAUUAAACAUAUCCGACCGAGCCUCUCAAGGUGGUUUUAUGCAGGAUCUUGCAAAUCUCUCCACUCUUCAUCAUGAAGACCUCCAGACCUGCACUGCAGGCCCCUGCUCAGGAGGAGUGUGGUGUUUGGCUAGACACUGUGCAGCUCAAAGGAAAAGCUAAGCAGAAACGACUCGCCCGUCCCAUUUCUAAGCUGCUGAACCCCUUGGCUCCAGGUUCAGGAUACAGUUUGGCUGUGGCUCUGAACUUCACUCAGACCAAAAUUCAAAUGCCAAACACCAAACAGAGCUCCAUAUCCUCCUUUUUUGUACCUCAACGCAGAAUUCUCAAUAAGAUAUCCAGAGCUGAAGUAGCAAACACAGAUCCAGAGGACUUGUCUUCUUCAUCCUCUACCUCUACCACCUCUACCUCAUCCACAUCCACAUCUGGGACAAAACGAAAACGUGAUAUGGAUCUUGAUGUGUGCGACUUGUUUAACACAGAGGAGCGCCACAUCAAGACAUCAGACGUUGAUGUUAGAGGAGAGGGUGCAGGUCAUGAGUGGCAAAGUGAAAAUUUGACUGAAAAUGAGGCACCAGUGUGGCGGGAGCACUGUGAUGGAAGCUAUACACUUGCAUUAAACACGAAGCAUGAAUCUGAAGAGGAGUCUGAUAAGGAGAUGAAUCAGCCAGAGAGGAAGAGGAGACUCGCUGAACCCUCUUCACCGUCAGCUAAGGGUGGUGCUCUUGGACAAGAGUGCAGUCAGACGAAGGAGCAGUUUCUCACCUGUAGCAGCCGUCAGCACAGUCAAGAUUCAAAGGACUCCAGUGAAAUGAAGCCAUAUGAGCACAUGACUCCCAAUUCUGACAGUGAAGCUGACCUCACUCAACAGAAACACCUCGAAGCAAACAAGGCCAGAGACUCUGGUUCAGCAUUCCUUGAAAGUCUUCUAAGUGAGGACGCUUUUGGGAUUUGGAUGGGUGCAGAAGGGAGAACCUCCACUCAGAAGUCUCACAAACCCCCUCCUUUAUCUCAGCUGGAUGACGAGAAAGAAAACAGCGAAUCAUCCUGUUCCAGAUCUCCCUACAAGCGUCCAUCCCUCUCUCCUCUCAGACCUCUUUCAAACCGCAAAUGGGCAGAUCCAAAACCUGCAUCGUCUCAAAAACCCAUUCCAAAGCUGCUGUGGAGGACGGCUGAGGAAGAGAGCCUCAGUUCUCAGUGCAAGUGGACAAAACCGAAUGGCUCUCCUCUAAAGAAAUGUGCGCCAAAACAACCUUGCAGAGAGGCUGAGGAGGACAGUCUGGCCAUGUUGUUCACCCAGGACUCUGAGGGCUUCAGGGUGAUAGCACACCGCAGCCUGCACGCCAGGAGUCCAUUCAAAGAUCACACUAAUGUAAGCACAGGGAUGAUGAGGAGAGCUGGUGCUUACAAACCUGUGGUGGAGGAUGAGGAAGAGGAGAUGCUCUUUACUCAAGACUCCCAGGGAAAUAUGGUGAUCAAACAUUGACAGUUUUUUUUUUUUUUUUUUUUAUAGAUUGUACAUAAUCUGGGAGUCCUGUGAGGAGAGUGUCCAAUUAAGUUCAGGGUUUGUUUUGGAAGUCGUUCUUGAGAUGUUUCAAUGUAGAUUUUUGUAAAUAAGCCUUUUUUUUUUAUUUUACUGUGUAAGCGCUUGAAAUCAGUUAUCCUUCCUGUAAGUGAGAUACAAAUCUAUAAUUGCAUUACUUUACUUUUUUUCUGUAAUUUGUCCCUCCCCUGCACUUCUGGGGGUUUUAGCCUUUCUCUCUGUUGUUUCAAGUCAGAGCCUAUUUUUGUGAUGUUUUGUUUCUUUUUGUCUUUAUCACUACUGUACAUCUCUCGACAUGCAGCUGUCUUGUGUAAUAAUAAACUCUGGCCACAAACCAGUGC